AUACUCCCAUUUCCCACUACUCACACCUUUUUUUUUCUUCUUCUUUUCCGAAAAAAAAAAUUAAAAAUAUGUCCAGUUUUCAUGACCCAGAUGAUGAUUGUGGCACCUCCGAGCUCAGUAACGGCGCUGCCGGAGAUCUAAAUGACCAGAAAAUGGACGGUCAUGCAGUUGCCGAUGACAAAAAACUCGUGUUUUCCGCUAUGAAAGAAGAACCGUUUGAUUCCGAUCAUCAUACUUUGGUUCCAUCAAUGCCUAUGCCGGUAGCUACCGCCGCCCCUCCGCGGAGGUCCUCUACCAAGGACCGCCACACAAAAGUAGAAGGACGUGGACGGAGGAUCCGAAUACCUGCUACAUGUGCAGCUCGGAUCUUCCAAUUGACCCGAGAACUAGGUCAUAAGUCCGACGGAGAAACUGUUCGGUGGUUGCUUGAACAGGCGGAGCAAUCUAUAAUUGAAGCUACCGGAACCGGAACUGUACCGGCGAUAGCAGUUUCUGUUAACGGUACUCUUAAGAUUCCGACGAGUUCCCCGGCGAGUAAUCCAGAAAUCGACGAGAACCAUCCACAGAAACGUAGAAGGAAAUCAUCAAACUCAGAGUUCAUUGAUGUCGGAAGUUUGAAUAGAAAUGCUGCAAAUGUUUCACAAUUUGCUCCGGUAACAACCACGCCGGCAACAAUAACCACCGCUCCACCGCCGGGAUUCGUACCGGUAUGGGGUAUGAGUAAUGGUGGUAUGAUGGUACCAUCCAAUGCCAUUUGGAUGAUACCAGCUACGGUCCCACCAGCUCAAGUAAACGUGACCAAUAACAAUAACGUCGUGCUCCAGUAUCCUCAAUUAUGGACACCUGUAUUUAAUUUGGCCACGAGGCCAAUACCAUCAUUCGUGACUGCAGCCACGAUUAAUACUAACGGUCCGCCAGCAAUAAUGAUUGCAGGACCGUUAUCAGUGAAUAAUGGAGCAGCCACAACCACGGGGCCUAAAAUUGGAUCGAACAAGUCUAGCAUGGCUCCAGCUAGUUUAAGCUCUAGCACAGAUAAAAAUAACAACAAUACAAAUGAUGUUAAACCUCAUAUGCUAAGAGAUUUUUCACUUGAGAUUUAUGAUAGAAAAGAGUUACAGCUUAUGAGUCGAAGUGGAAAUCAUCAACAAGAAACUCAAGUUACAUCUUCAGAACGUUCAUAGAUUCAAGUGAUCGUCAUAAUUUAUUGAGAAUCAAUAUAAAUAUAGAGGCAGAGUUUAGGCCAAAUAUGCUCAUGAUACUCUUGUAUGUACAAACUACUAGAGGACACUAGCUAUUCACUUUUUAUUUUGUUUCUUUUGCUUUUGUUAAACUAAUGUUAAUUAGAAGUUGAAUGAUGUGUAACUCUCUUAGAAAAAUUACAAAUAAAUCAUUGUAUAAUUGUCAAAGGAAA